CUCUGCUUCAUUUUACAAUCAACGUCUUUGAUAAACGUAAAACUGAUACUGUAAUCCAUAACGUAAUUGAGCAUGAUAGACGCGAUGCCGAUCGAAAUUAUAUGAAAUAUCAAUUUUCUCAAUGAAGUGUAAUGGUCAAUAAAUAUAUUGCAUAAAAUAUAUUGCAGACGGUAAAAAGAUGUUAUAAUUCGAUAUUUUCACCGACAAGUAGAAACGUAAACGCGCAGUUACAGCGAUCACAGCGGUAGAAAAUCAGCUGGGCCAGCGAAUCUGUGUCACGCUGGGGGGUUCUAGACUAGUGGUGCGGCUAUACCGAAUAUUCAGUAUUCGGCCGUCUUCCUCGACGGGUAGUAGCGCAGUGCCGCUCGGUUUACAGUAUCAUAGUUAUACCACACGUAUUACCGUCUUUCUAGCCUAUACCGUAUUCUCAUUUAACUACACGUGAACGUACAACUUAUUCUUAAUUGUUUUUGUUCACAAUCAUUGUUACAGGAGGAUCGUUGAAUAUUUCAAACAGCGAACUCAACAAAUUCAAGGAUAAAGACGUAAUCUUGGGAGAGGUAGUAUUUACCUGUAACAGACUGUUUAGUAGAGAAGCCGAAAUAAAAGUGACUAUAUAGUAAAGAGGAUAUUAAAAGCAUAUUGGAAAAUAACGAUACAUAUCAUUUUGAAUAUUACUCGCAUAGAUAACCCAUAAGAUGCUGAGGAAACGCGAAAAUAACCGAUCGCAAAACACGUAUACUAGAGAACAAUCAAGUAUCCUACGAACCCGAUUUUCUUUUUCAUCAUGACGUUUAAUCUUCUUAUCGCACAAUAACAGUCCGAUAAACUGAAAUAAUUGUUCGUUUCAAGCGUUGUACCAUGAAAAAGGGCAGUUUCUUAAGCUGUUCUAAUUAAUAGCUGUCCUAAUCUGUAAGAAAUAAUAGAUUUAUCGUGGAUCAUCGAUGUACUAUACUGUUGUGUUUGCAGCAGACAUUCGAUGUUUUUCUUGUAUAAACGAAAAAUUCGUGAUUAUCGAAUGUAUGACCUAUGAUCUAAUGAUAUUGUCAUCAACGCGGAAGGUGAAACGUUAUUAGAAUAAUUAAGAAAAUAAUUUGGGGUAUCAAUUAUGAGAACAAGCAAGCGAGUGCGCGCGUGAUUCAACGAUAUUCGAACGGCAUUCAUGCGUGACGAGAAAUUGGACAAAAUGUUCAAUUUGUAUCAAAAUUUAAACAAAAGAGACGAAGAUCACAAAGAAUCGGACGUGACCGGACACGACAGAUUCUGGCAGGAACGUCCGAGAACGCGCCGGAAACGUCGUGCCGUUAAUCGAAGAACUCAAAGCGCCAUUGAACUUGAUUCCGAGGCCAUAGUUUCCGCACGAGGUACUCUUCGCCGUGGAAGAAGCGCGAGCAUCGAAGACGAAGAUAGCGAUGAAGAAAAAAGUUACCAGUUGACCAAUAAAAUCGACAAUCUAGCCAAAAUAUUAUUUAGUCGCGUAUCCGCUGCAAGAGGUUGCAAGGAUUCCGAUGUCAGGAAUGGAAGGCACAGCUAUACUGCGCUGGGUCACGGAUCAUCCGUUUGCGAGAAUUCUGGUGAAUGCAUGGAAAUGGAGAAAAGGUCCAGGGACCGUGCCCUAUCAAUCUGCCAGACAUAUAUUUGUAGAAUGCCACGUUACAAUCUCGUCAAGCAGCUGUGUAAUCUCGGUUCUAGAAUGGACAAACACUGGUUCAUCGUGAGAGAUACUUCUUUAAAAACUGAUCGACUGGUUACGUUAGCUCCGUUAAGCAGAAAUUGCUCAUUGAGCAUAACCCCACUGACAAAAAAUAUUUUGAAUGAUUUGUUCUUAGCCUUACAACAUCCGUACAUAUGCCCGAUAUUUGAUAUCGAUUUUCUCGAAUUCGAGAGUCAAAACUAUGUGAUCGUGGUUCAACCGAUCAGUCAAGGCAGCCUGAAAGAUUUGAUAUACGGGAUCGAAAGAACAGGCUGGAACGAGGAUUGGAAUCAAAAGUACGGUUCUCGCGGUAAAGGACUUCCUUUACCUCAGGUUCAACAAAUGGGACGUCAGGUGCUGGAAGCAUUGGUUUUCUUGAAAGAAAGAGGAUUUCCGACUGUAAUCCAUUUACAUUCGGGAAACGUGCUCAUUCAAAACGGGGUCGCGCGUCUUGCCGGUCUCGAGAAUACACUUCUCGGCUUCACCAGUCGAAUACAUCCGUUGAUCGCUUCUAAAAUAUCUCAAACUGUUUCGAUCGAUAUGACAUGUUUCGGUCAUAUGUUGUUUGAGAUGUGUGCCGGUUAUGAAUUACCAUCGUUUAAGCCAAAUUCUAUACAUCUGUCGGAUGUUGAAAUGUAUCCACAAGUCGUCGAGCUACUCAAAUUCAUAUUCGGUGACUCACCUAAUCAUCACAAGAUUGUCGAGGAACUCCUUGUACAUGAUUUAUUCAGAAAUAUUGAUCUUCGUGAAAUGCGAAGUGCUACCGUCACAAUAUUUCGUCCCAGAUUAACACCGCCUAUAGUAAACUUACUUGACGGCAUUAAACGACAAAAUGCCAAUAAAAGAAUCAUACAGUUGGAGACUGUUGAUAGCGAUGCAAUGUCUUUGCAUAGAUCGCAUACUGUUUGCAAAAAUUCUUUGCUCGACGAGAUUUACAACGAGCUUUCAAACACAGCUGUUUAAUUAUGGGAACAAAAUUGAUUUUUCGGCGAUUUUACCAUUAUUAUAUACACUUAUUAUAUUUCUCUACCGAGUGCCAAAGAUUAUUCUAAUCUCUAUUGUUAAGAAUUAAUUCAUUAGUAGAUUUAAUAUAGCAAGAGCCUGGAGAGAAAAAUGAAGGAAGGCAAAAGAAAAUAAGAGACAAGAAAGAAAGAAAUGAUUUAUAAGAAAGAAAACGUGACAAAAGGGGAAAAAUGCAAAUCUUAUAAGUGCAAAGUAUUUUAUUACUUAAAAUAUCAAAAGACGUCUAAGAUACCUAUGGCUGCGAAAAAAGAAAUAGGAAAGUGAUAAAAUGUCAUUUUAUAAGAACUGUGAAUCUAACCAAACCCUUUUCUUGUAAUUUUCCCACAUAUUUCUAUGACAUUUUCAUACAAUUUCAUUCCAAAUCAUCUAGACAAUGUAGAUGACUUAAAACAAAUGUAUUCAAAGAAACAUCGUAGUAUUGUCUGAUGUUUCGAUUAUAUAUGCAUAGUGGCA